AGGCAUUGGGACGGGCCUUCCUUUUCCUGUCAGGCCUUGAAGGCUAGGCCUCAAGCCUUUGGCGGUAGCACUACCACGACGCCGACGCCGACGCCGAGCCUCUCCGGGCCUCCUUGGCUCCCCCUUCGGCCUCUUCGGAGUGGGCCGGCCUUGGAGCCAGCAGGGCCGGGCCGAGGAGGGGAGGAGCUCAAGGGCCAGGCGGCAGCCGUCCCUCGCGCCUUGGAGCCGGAGCCCACUCGGCGCCGCGGGCUUGCGGCCUAACUCCCCAGCUCUCCUGCCGAGGCUCGCCGUUCGCCGGGUAGGCCUCAACGGUUGCCGUGGCAACGCGGCCUAGUCGUAGUCCUUCACGAAUGAUGGAAGGGCAGUUUGCCUGAGCAAGGCUACCUUUCCAGGCCUUGCCGUCCGCUGGGAUGUUUCUCAUGAACACCUCGGCUUUGGUGGCCCUUCAGCGGCAAUGGGAACCCUUCUCCCAGCCGAGGAACUAUAGAUAUCCCGUCUGCUUCUCCGAGUCGGAAGACGACCUUCCCCGAUCGGCCGUCAGCGCCAAAGUUCAGGUGAUCAUCAACAACCUGCAAAGCGAAGACUCGUCUCUGCACAGCGGCAGCGAAUAUGGCUGCCUCGUGCCGAAGAAACCAAAGGCGGAAAAAGGCCAAAGUCACAACGUUAGAAGAAGCGGGAGAGUUCUGCAGAAGCGCAACUUGGAUGACAUGGAAGUGGAAGAAAGGUCUGAGUUUGGGGCCCUCUUGUUGCCUUCGGACAGCGACGAUUCGGUGGAUCGAGACAUAGAAGAGGCCAUCCAAGAGUUCCUGAAGAACAAAGGCCAGGACGUCCUGCCGUUGCAAAGUGGCGCCAGUGUAAACAAAGUUGUGUCUGACUCUUUGGGAGAUGGUACCGACCAAUGGGUUGCUUCUCCUUGCAGCGUGAGCAGCGACGAUUCUUUCGAGCAAAGCAUAGAGGCGGAAAUCGAGCAAUUCUUGAACGAGAAGAAGCAGCAGCAGGCGAGAAAGGAGGCGACAGCCGAGGAGAAGAAGCAACUCGAUCAGAAGGAGACCCAAGAGAAAUGGGUUGUUACAGGUCAGAGAGAAGCUACCAACAGAGUGAGCCAAAGUUCUCCGAAGCGGGGAGACAAGGCCUUCUUCUUAAGACAGUGCUCUCAUCUACAAAAUGUUGGCACUCAGUGUUUGAAGCCUGAAACUGAGGGAGAAGUGGCAGGCUUCAAAACGAGCCAAACACCUUUAGCCAGCCACUCUCUUUUCCUGGAACAAAGCCGCGAAGGUGAGAAAGGGCAAAAGCUUUGGAAAACCGAAGGAGAACAAAGCAACGACAUAUCCGAUUCAAGUAGCGACGACGGCAUUGAGGAAGCAAUUCAGCUUUUCCAGCUUGAGAAAAUCAGGAGAGCGUCUGAAUCCCGAACUGCUUGUGUCCCUUUCCAAACAGAAGAGGAUAUAUCAUCGCGUCUGCUGAUCCGUUCGGUGAAUGCCCUAAGCGGCAAAAGGAGAAAGCUCGCCGCCAAACCCGAAGAUCUAAGUCAGAUUAGCGGGAACGGAAUCAGUCUGGACAGUCGCAGAAAUGGUGCUUCGACGGAAAACAGCGUCGCGACGUGCGCGCUUACACUCCAGACCUCAUGUCGAGCCGACACCACUACCGAACUCAUGUGCGCAGAAGCCAUUUUGGACAUUUCCAAAACCAUCUUGCCUCCUCCUGGAGGAAGCAAUGCUUUCUUCUGCUCUCGGGACGGGUCGGCGUCUCAACACGAGAGUGACAGUAAUUCUGUGGACAGCGACGACAGCAUCGAACAAGAGAUCCGGGCUUUUUUGGCCGUCAAAGCACAAACGGAGAGCUUGAUAACAAAAUCUGACACCCGGCACCUUAAGCGGAUUCCCCGUAAACCCUUCAGACUCUCACUGAGUCAUCAAAGGAAACUGAAAGGGGAAAGUAAAAUAGUUAGAACGACACGGGACACGCAGCAGAUGCUGUUAGAACAGAGCAAUAAAGAUGGAGGUGAUUUAGGCAUAGUACAAAACACUCAAAAGGUGGCUAGAUGCUCUCAGGAUACUCUGGACAUUGGCAGUUCUGCGGAUCCACCGUUCCAAGGUUGUGAGACAAAGUCGACGCAGAAUCCGCCAAAAUGUGGACUAGAUUACAAGAGCAGUUCCUUGGACAGCGACGAGGAUCUGGACACCGCUAUCAAAGAGCUCUUGAGGUCGAAACGAAAGCUCAAGAGGAAGCCCAAAGACCCAAGAGCUCCGUGCAAGAAGAAGGUCAGAUUCGAUGACACUACGACACACAUUCUUGGGAGCGAAGAAAGAGACUGCAAAUCCCAAAAGCCUGUCUUGCUCAAGAGUUGCCUUGUGAAUUCCCAAAGGGUUGAAAAUACGCCUUCUCGGAACUUCGUCAAGGGGAAGCCAAAAGGCACCAAGGCCAUACAGUUUAAUAACAAUAUACAAGAGAGAUCAAAAAAUAAUAUUUGGACUGACGCAUCGUUGACAGACGAGAGCAGUUCCAUCGACAGCGAUGACAGCAUUGAGCAGGAAAUUCAGAGGUUUUUGGCAGAGAAGUCUAAAUCUAUACUAAAUAUGGAUACUCCUGCAUCUAAUGGAAUUGUUGGGUGCUUGGGAGCUCGUAAAUCCCAGGCAGCCGAAGCAAAGUAUCAGCAAUUCCAAGGUCAGAGUCAUGCCGUCCCAAAACAGAGAGGGAAAAUGAAGAAAUUGGGUCCCCCAACGAUCGACCUGCGGAACUCUCCAAGACCGGAAGAAGAGGCUACGGGAAACGGCGAGCGGAUAACAUCGUACGCAGUGAACUCACAGAGAAUCCAAGGAAUUGCAGAGUCUUCCCAUCCUGAUUUACCUGUAAACAGAACUGUAGAAGGAAGCCAAGUUAUCCUCCAUGACAAGUUGGACCAAAAAGGUCUGCCAACGGAGAGAAGCAAAGCCAAAAAACCCCAACUGCACAACUGCUUUGAGCCUUUGUUCCAAUGUCGAAACUCGUAUGAGUUUAAAAUUUCCAGCAAUUUCCUGUCAGGACUGAAAAAUCAGAAUAACAGACCUAUACUUUGGGGGAGAAGCCAGAGCUCGGAAUUGGCUUCGUUCAAAAGGCAAGGCAGUGUUCCUAUAGCAAAUUUUCCUGGAGAGGGGGGUGCAAUGACUCCGAAGUGGGGUUCCACGAGUGGGAAAGUGCUAGAUUUAUCCACAAGGAGCGCCGCAAAAGGUUGGCAUACAUAUGUAGCGGACCACAAUGACACAUCCCUUAGUAGUGUCACAAAAAUUAAAUUUUGGGGAGACCAAGAGGCCUGCUGCAGCUUUGGUGCCAACCAAAGGUCUCAUUUGCAAGGGCCCAAGAGGCAAAAUAUGCUAAAAGCAAGCACAGGAUUGUUGUGUAGCGAGAAAAAGGAAGGGCACAACAUAAAUUUAAAUAAAGGAAAGGACGCUAGCAGCCCUUACGGCUUAACACUAAGAGGAAAGUCAUUGAGAGGACGAGAAGAACAGCCUCCAAAGGGUAUCAAAGUGGAAAGUUUGUAAGUCGUUCCAAAAAAUAGUUCCAAAGUAUGUAUAUAACUUCCAGUUUCAAAUAGUUGCAGCAAUAUAAGUUAGUGUGUUGUCGAAGGCUUUCAUGGCCGGAAUCACUGGGUUGCUGUGAGUUUUCCAAGCUGUCUGGCCAUGCUCCAGAAGCAUUCUCUCCUGGCGUUUCGGCCACAUCUAUGGCAGGCAUCCUCAGAAGUUGUGAGGUUUGCUGGAAACUAGGAAAAUGGGGUUUAUAUACCUGUGGGAUGAUGUCCAGGGUGGGAGAAAGAAGUCUUGUCUGUUUGAGGCAAGUGUGAAUGUUGAAAUUGGCCACCUUGAUUAGGAUUGCAGCUUCAAAUAAUAAUAAUAAUAAUAACAAUACUUUAUUUAUACCCCGCUAUCAUCUCCCCAAGGGACUUACAUGAGGCCGAGCCCACAAUACAAUACAAGCAAUAACAACCACAAUACAAAGCAAUUAAAAUAAAUCUUAUACACAGAGUAACAUGAACAUUAACAAUAGCACAAUACACAUUUAAAAUCUGUGGCUAGGCCAAUGUAAUUAAAGUUUAAAAAUAAUGCUGGGUAUGGACAAGAUAAAGGAGGCCUGGCCGCUUCCUGCCCUGGUGGGAAUCCUUUGUUGGGAGGUGUUAGCUGGCCCUGAUUUUUUCCUAACUGUAAUUCCCCUGUUUUUUGAGUGUUGCUCUUUAUUUACUCUCUUGGUUUUAGAUAUUUUUUUAAGACUGGUAGCCAGAUUUUGUUCAUUUUCAUGGUUUCACCCUUGCCUCCAACAGACAAGAGUUCUUUCUCCCACCCUGGACAUUCUAUAAAUAUAUGAAACUUGCUGUGUAAGAAAUUCCAGACAGGAAACAAUCAGGGACAGCUAAUGCCUCCCAACUGAGGAUUCUCCCAGGCAGGAAGCAGCCAGGCUUUGAAGGUGCAAGGCCAUUCAGUGUUUAAAAAGUUGGCUAAUGGCAACGUUCACACUUGCCUCAAGCAGACAAGAGUUCUUUCUCCCACCUUGG